UACAGUUAAAUUGAAAGAACGAAAAUAAUUAUAUCAUCGUGCGGUCGUGCUUGUUUCGUUCCGUGUUUCCGCCGUGUAUAUCGACGAGGGUGUCGCCGUACCGUCGCCGAGCAGAGCAACAGCGCACGGGCUCCUCCGUCGGGCUCGUACUCGUACCUUUUGUAAAUAACUACAAGUCGUAGUAGUGUGUCCCCCCUGAUAUCUAGGCACCGUCCGUCAGUCCACUAAAGGGGUUUGUUGCUCCAGGCGAGAUGGGCACUCGGGACGACGAAUACGAUUAUUUAUUUAAAGUUGUUCUUAUCGGCGACUCUGGGGUAGGAAAAAGUAAUCUGUUGUCGAGAUUCACGAGAAACGAGUUCAACUUGGAAUCGAAAUCGACUAUAGGAGUUGAAUUCGCUACGCGUAGUAUACAAGUAGACGGAAAGACUAUCAAAGCUCAGAUUUGGGACACAGCAGGACAAGAGCGCUAUCGUGCUAUCACGUCCGCAUAUUAUCGGGGUGCGGUGGGUGCGCUGUUGGUCUAUGAUAUUGCGAAGCAUCUAACGUACGAGAACGUGGAGAGAUGGCUGCGGGAGCUGCGGGACCACGCCGAUCAGAACAUCGUCAUUAUGUUAGUGGGAAACAAAUCGGACCUGAGGCAUCUGCGCGCGGUCCCGACCGACGAGGCGAAGACGUUCGCAGAGCGAAACGGCCUCUCCUUCAUUGAGACUUCUGCUCUAGAUUCAACGAACGUCGAGACGGCGUUUCAAAACAUAUUAACAGAAAUCUACAGAAUCGUGUCGCAGAAACAGAUACGCGAUCCACCCGAGGGUGACACAAUCCGGCCACAGAACGUAGAACCGAUCGACGUGAAGCCAACGAUGAAUUCGGAGGGGAUGCGUAAGCAGUGCUGCCAGUGACUCACCUUGCUGAUUAAAAUAAGGACACACAAAGUGGCAGAGGCGGAAAGAAAAAUGGUCGACGGUAAACGUAACAGGUGCAUACAGUACAAGAGUCAAGACUAUUUACGAAUAUAAGUAUACACGAGUUAAAAAAACAAAACAAAACAAAGAAAACAGUAAACGGUUUUCCCAAAUAAUCCGGCGUUCUGCCGCUUCCCGGACAAACGACUAGAGCUGUACUUAAUUUAAAUCAGGAGCAUGCACGAUUCCUUUCGUCGCCGAAUUCGCUUUUCAACCGGCAUGGCCACCGAGCUCGAUCAGACCCAUUUUAAUUACUCUACCGGACGUCGUCGUCGUCGUCGCACCUUGUUCAAGUUCCUUCGGAUUAUUUGGGAAGAGGCAAUGGAAUCCACUGUAAUCUCGCCGCUAGGAAUGCGAAUAUCCGAGAGAAACCGAGAAGAGAGAAAGAGGAAAGAAAUACAUCAUUAGAUCUAAUUAUCGAUCGAACGAAGAUCAACGCGUACGCACUAAUUCUGUCCCAGAGAAAUUCAUCCCUCUCAAACCCCGCUGACCCCCCACCCACCCUGUCUACUCUACUCUUUAUCUUAAGUCAGUGUUGUAUUACUGCUUCUUUGUAAUACAUGUGUUAUUCUACUUGACACGUAGAAAGCCAACGGUUUAUAAACUGUUACACCGAAAGAUUGUGUCUGAAAUGCUUCGUCGAAUCUUGCUCGGGGGCCUACCGUCUCGCAGGGAUGGAAAAAACCAGGAACACAAUUAUCUUCAGCGAUGAACGAGCAUAUUCAACGCGUCUAACAAACGAAUUUUUUAGUAGAGGGACACCACGCAAGCAAUAACUACUUAAGCAGAGGAACUGUUUCACGGGCGCAUCAUUUUUUCAUCCUUACGUACGACGUUCUCCAGAAUUUGGCCAAACGUUUCAGAAACAGGCUGUAUACAUAGUACACGUGAGGGCUUGCUGUUAAUAAGUUGUAUGCACGAGGCUGAGGAAGAGGUAGCCCAAGAGGAUGAUAACAGAUCUGGACUUUCAUUGUUGCUCACUCUCUGCUUUCGAAUUUGCACCGUAGCGUUUACGGAUAAGGACAGCUUGCCCAGUCGAGGACGAAACGAGAUAUUAAAAACGCUUUUGAAGGUAUCUAAUUUUUCUUAAAGAGGUGAAAGUAAGGAAAUCGACGCGAGUGAUAAGUACACGAAGGUACAUCGAUCAUCGGCUGUAUUGUACUUCAUAGGCGUCUUAAUAAGUAUCGCUUCGAUGUGUGUAGUCGCAAUGUAAUCUGUUAUCCUUACGAGUCCUCGUUGUAUCUUGAUCAAUAAAUGGAGAGUGAGUAAAACGUUACAAACAAGAUAUUCAGAUGUCUACACCUCGUCGAGGGCUUAGGUGCACAGACUGUGGAUUUUAUCUAUUAAACCUUCUAUCUAUCAGAAGACAUGCAAAAAACCAUAUAUAUAAGGACAUACAAGAAUUCACAGAAAUGUUUCAUGAAUUUUCAAUGAAAAUCCGCAGUCUUUGAAGAUUAAAAAAAAAA